AUGCUGGCUCUAAAGCCUCAGCUCGAUUACGGUCUGACGAAGAGCAUCCCCUUGUCAGAUGUCCGAAAAUCUAGAGCUGUCUUGGACGUCGCAUUCGAUUCCGACUUCUGCCCAGUUAUUCUCAGCUUGAAGUCACAGAAAGCCGUCUUCGCUACUUUGGGCAUGUCAUGUGGAGAUCGUCUGAUCAUCUCGUUCAAGCUGUCCCGAGAGUACUCUCAGAUAUGGACUGAAAAAGGCCUCCUGUACCGUUAUAGAUUGUUCUGGAAGGAGAUGGUGAAUAAGAUAGUUCGAUCAAUUUUCGGUUUCGUUGAGCCGUUGAAAUCAUGGCGUAGGCCGACAGCAGAAGCAUUUCUUCAUAUUGUGUACGUCACACUCGAGCGUCCCCCUCCUGUCGGAUUCCACGAGAUUGAGUUGAACAAGACGAGAUGGGUGAUUCCUAAGACAUAUGAUCGACUAAGAUCUUUAGGAGAAGGCGCAUACGGUGUUGUCUGUACUGCAGAGGAUUUACGGACAAAAGAAAGGGUGGCGGUGAAAAAAUUCUUACGGCCUUUCCAGAGCACAAUUCAUGCCAAGAGAACGUACAGGGAGUUGAAACUACUACGCACACUAAAACACUCCAAUGUGCUAGAGAUGAUUGACGUAUUCACACCAGACUCAGAUGCCGCUUCGUUGAAUAGUGUAUAUUUCGUAUCUGUUCUAAUGGGUUCAGAUCUGCAAAACAUUUUAAAAAUCCAGCGUCUCACAAAUGACCAGAUCCAGUCGUUGAUAUAUCAAGUAUUGAGAGGUUUAAAGUACAUCCACUCAGCUGGGAUUGUACACAGGGAUCUCAAACCUUCAAAUAUUGCAGUUAAUGAGAUAGGAGAAGUCAAGAUUCUCGACUUUGGUCUUGCCCGAGCCGCUGAUCAUGAGAUGACUGGUUAUGUAGCUACAAGAUGGUAUCGCGCACCAGAGAUCAUGCUUAAUUGGAUGCAUUACACGCAGACAGUGGACGUUUGGUCUGUCGGAUGUAUUUUGGCUGAACUUGUCUCAGGAAAACCGAUGUUCCCUGGUGAUGAUCACAUCGAUCAGUUGACUCGAAUCAUGGGUGUAGUGGGAACACCCAGUUGUGAUUUCCUGUCUAAAAUACAAUCGGAGGAAGCUAGGAACUACAUAAGGAAUUUGCCAUGGAUGCCGCGAGUCGACUUUUUUACGUUGCUGCCGGAUGCAUCAGCGGAAGCUGUCGAUUUACUAGGACGGAUGCUAGCUCUUGACCCCGAUGACAGAAUUCCUGUCACCGAAGCACUAGAACAUCCGUAUGUACAAGACUGCCGUUACCCAGAAGGUGAACCAGUUGCUGAUCACAUUGUUGGAAUGGACUCAGACGAAGAAACAGCUACCACAUUAGAUGACUGGAGAUGUCUUAUAUGGAAAGAAAUACAGAUGUUCCGGGAUUCUUGCCGGCAAAACAGUUCGUUAGGAGAUUUCUGUGAGAGUGAUUUUAAUGAAAGUGAAGAGCAGACUGAGUUGAACGACGGGAAUAAGAAGUGUGAACCAGCUGAAAAGGACUCUGUGAUGGAGGGAGAGCUGAGGGAGGUUAAGCCCGGGUACUACACGGUGGAAUUGAACCGUACCGUAUGGGCCGUUCCAGUCUACUAUCAGAACCUCACCCCCAUUGGUACCGGCGCUUACGGGACUGUAUGUGCGGCGGAAUGUUUACGAACAAACACUCGUGUAGCAAUCAAAAAAUUUAGCCGACCGUUCCAGUCCGUUAUUCACGCGCGGAGGACAUUCAGAGAACUUCGCCUCCUACGUAAUAUGGAUCACGAAAAUGUGAUUGAUAUGUUGGACGUCUUCACUCCGGAUGCAUGUUGUGAACAGCUAACAGACGUAUACUUUGUCUCUAUGCUGAUGGGCGCUGAUCUUUCAAAUAUUCUCAAAAUUCAACGUCUAAACGAUGAACAUAUUCAAUUUUUGGUUUAUCAGAUCUUACGUGGCUUGAAGUAUAUUCAUUCUGCUGGUAUUAUUCAUAGAGACCUCAAACCUUCUAAUAUUGCCGUUAAUGAAGAUUGUGAAUUAAAGAUACUCGAUUUUGGUCUUGCUCGACAAACGGACAAUGAAAUGACAGGCUAUGUUGCAACUCGAUGGUAUCGGGCACCAGAAAUCAUGUUGAAUUGGAUGCAUUACACACAAACAGUUGAUAUUUGGUCAGUUGGGUGCAUAUUAGCUGAGCUUAUCACUGGGAGAACUCUCUUUCCUGGUUCGGACCACAUUGACCAACUGACACGAAUAAUGAAUGUGGUCGGUACGCCCAACGAGGAAUUCCUAACAAAAAUCCAGUCUGAGGAAGCGAGAAACUAUAUAAGAAAUAUUCCCAGAAUGCCUCGUAAAGACUUCAGAAGGCUGUUUCCUACUGCUUCUCCAGCAGCAGUUGAUCUAUUAGAAAAAAUGCUCCAACUUGAUCCCGAUUAUCGGCCUACAGCUGCAGAGGCUAUGGAACAUGAGUACCUUGCUGCUUAUCACGACGAGACAGAUGAGCCGGUGGCUGAAGAAUUGGAGUUGGACGAAGGUGUCGAAACAAACAACAUUGAUGAAUGGCGGCGAUUAAUUUGGGAUGAGAUCGAAGAUUUUUCUAUUCAUCAAUCACCGUCUGCUGAGAAUGCGACAAGUAUGGAUGAAUGA